AUGGCACAAUCCAAACCAAGAAUACCAGACACACCCCAACACUUUUUAGAAUGUGACAUGAAAGACUGUGAGAGAAACUGUCAAUAUUACUGCAAUCCUUGCCACCAACAGAUGUGUGAACAAUGUAGAGAUGAACAUCGAAGAAAUCCAAAAACAAAAACCCAUGAAGUGGUCCAAUACCAACUACGAAAACGUCAACUUCCUGUUAAGAAAUGUGAGAUUCACCCCACUAAGGAUAUAGAUCUUCUCUGUGAAGAAUGUAAAAUCCCUUUAUGUUCUAAGUGUGCUACCACUCCAGAACACAGAGGCCAUCCCUUCAAUGAUUUAGAGACUAUCUAUGCUGAGAAGUUCUCAUUCUGUCUAGAAGAAAUUACCAAAUCGCGGGAGUAUUUUCUGCCAACAUCACAAGACAUACAAAAAGAAAUUAAAGGAGAUGCCACAGAAAUCAAGAAGGUUAUAGACAACAUAAGAACCUCCAUGAAUUCUGAAGCCGAGUCCCUUAAAAGUCUGAUGGAUGAAGUGCAUUCAGAGAACAUGAAGCAGCUGGACCAGAUAGAACACUCAUUGCUUGAAGAUUUAAAAACCCAGGGAAAAACAUUUGAUGAAUACAUCAAACACCUCAAAAACCUAAUUAAGGAGUUUCAGGAUUUUCUCUCCUCACCAGAUCCCACAAAAUUAACUCUGACACUCUCUUUGGUGGAUAUGAAAAUCCAACCAAUACCAGAGACGACAAAACCAGUAACACCAGUAUUUACUGCUGGUCAGUAUGGCAAAGAGGAUGUUGCCAAAUUACUGGGGAAUAUAAGCAUUCCUGAGAUAAAACCAGAAACAAGGAAAAUAAAGCUAAUGGAAAUUUCAUCUGCCCUUACACCAAAGAAACCGACAAGUAAACAGUUAAAAUCUGACAAAGGGAAAUCUAAAGUGAAACAAACACUGUCUCUAUCUUCCUCUGUCACCGAGGUCAGGGAGUUCAGUGUGCCAGGUGUUGACAAUGUGUUUCAUAUGUCACUAGAUCAGUCAGGCAGACUCUGGGUCAGUGAUGGUAAUGGUAACCUUGUCCAAACAGAUCUUCAGGGAGAUCAGCUACAGAUGAUGCAAACCAGAACUGGAGAGGGUUACCACACAACGACACAGGACGGGGAUCUAAUCUUUACAGACUGUCACAAGAAUGUCAUCAAUAGGAUAACACUGGACAACAAUAUCACCGAAUUCAUUAAAACAGGAGACUGGUUUCCACUCAGCAUACACUCCUCCCACAUCAAUGGGGACUUACUGGUGGGGAUGUGGAAGGAUGAAGAGGGUAAAGUCACCCGGUACAACAAGACAGGGAAAGAACUACAGAACAUACAGAGGGAUAACAAAGGACAGGGACUGUAUAGUCAUCUACACUACAUAACAGAAAACAUCAAUGGAGAUAUCUGUACAUCAGACAAAACUGAAAAAAAGGCAGUAGUGGUGGUGAAUAAAUCAGGAAAACACAGAUUUUCCUACACAGGUCAGGAGUCAGGGUUCUCUCCCUAUGGAAUCUGUACUGAUGUCCUCGGUCACAUCCUGGUGUGUGACAAUCAAAGACUUCACAUUCUUGAUCAGGCUGGCCAGUUCUUGUCUCUACUAAUCAGACCAGGAUCAGGGAUUGAUCCCACCUGUGUGUGUGUGGAUGAUCAGAACAAUCUUUAUGUGGGAGAUUUCAGUACCAAUAGCAAAGUCUUAGUUUACAAGUAUCUUCAGUGAUUUGUAUUCUUAAAUCUAACAAACAUG